AUGAAAUGUUCAAAGUUUAAUGUUUUGUCUUAAAAUCUAACUCUGGUUUUAAGAUUGGUUUUAUGGCCCGUGUUCAGGAUGGUAUUUGUUCACUCAUGUUGCUGUGAAAAAUCUGGAAAGCCUUUAAAGACAGAUGUAUUUAUACUAAGAUUGUUAUGAUAUGUUUGUUUGAUGGUGGACGCAAAUGCAGAGAGGCCGAGGCGGCAAGUAGAUUUUGUAUCUUAAUGAGAAAAAUUAUGAAAAACUUACAAAAAACACAGGGAACCAGAGCAGAACAAAAAACAUAAAUCCAAGGAAAAAGCCAACAGGGAAGAAAUGGGUAAAAUAAGAGGGUAUAACAGGAUGAACCAGCAAAGAGAUGGGAAGAAGUAUUUAAGUACUGGGAGAGUGAAUAUGGAAGAAUUGACCUGGGCAAAUUGGCUAAAUGACUGCAGGUGUGAGGACAGAGCAGAAAGCAGACUGAGGAGAGUGAGAGGGAAAGCGACACAGCGGGUUGUGGGGAUGGUUAUGGCCAUGAGCGGCGUCUCCCUCCUGAUGAAGUACAGACACUACAGCUUAUUUUUUUCUCAGACCUACAUCCUCCUCCCCACAGUCUUCACGAUCUGCAGCGGUGCGUUCUUGCUCUUCACCGGUUUCCUCGGUACUUGGCUGAGCCUCAGACACUCCCGCUGUCUGCACGGACUGUUUGUUUAUCUGCUGGUUGUGAUCUUUUGCUUGGGAAGCACGGCCUCUGCUCUGGCCUACGUCCACUCCAGAAAGUUGGAUUCCGACACAGCGUCUCUCAGCGAGGUGUUUCAGAAAUACACAGGCAGCAGUCAGGACAGAAACUCUCGGAUUGUUGAUGUUACUCAAGAGCAGCUCCAUUGUUGCGGGGUCAGAAACUACACUGACUGGCUGGACAGCUCUUGGCUCAAUAAAACCGGUGGAGAUGCGGUUCCUCACAGCUGCUGCAACACCACGUUCCUCUCAUGUAAAGGCAGUUUGUACCAGCCAUGGCAGCUUUACCAUCAGGGCUGUCAGGUGAAGGUGGAGAUGGCUUUUCAGUUCAUCCUAAGGUUUAUCAUGUGGACGUCCCUCCUGGGGUUUCUGACUGAGGUGGUUUUGCUUUACAUGGCGGCACAGAUGGUAACGAUGGAAGAACGUUUGAACUAUCAAGCACUGAGUAACACUUAGACAAAUAUGAAAUAGCUUUUCAAUUCAAUUCAAAAAAUUUUGCUACUUUUCUAAAGGGAAAUUAAACUGCCAUACAAUAGUGGCCCCACCACUGUUUCAGGAAUUAAACAUUAUUGCAAUCAAAAUCGAAUGAAUAAUUUACCUCAAAAAGAUGAAUUAUCUUGGUCUGGAUCCAUUGUUUGGUUCUGGAUAAAUGUAUUUGUAUGUGUUUUUUUUAAAGUGCCUAAUGCUGAUAUUUGACUUGUGACUGGUGAAUAAAUACAACUGAACAAACCUAA